AUGCUGCUGCUUCCUGUGUGGAUGUGUAUGCUCUUUGGGUUAAUGGCUGCAGUCGGGACGGAGCCAGACACUGGAGACAAACCAGCAUCUGUCCCCUUACUGGUCCCUACACCAGUCUCCACACCAGUCCCUACACCGGUCCCUACACCAGCCUGCAACAGCACCCAGCUCACGCUCAAAGUCGAGUUCUCUUCUCAAGUAGUGGAACACGAGUUCAUAGUGUCUUUCAAUGGCUAUUUCUCCGCCAAAGCUCGGAGUUUGUACAUCAGCAGUGCUUUGAGAAAUGCCGGAGGAGGACUGGAGUGGCACAUUGUUCCCAGAGAAAACCCAGCGUCGGAUUUCCCUAGUGACUUUGAGCUGGUGCACAUCUCCCAGGCCUCACCCGGGAGCCUGCUCACCCUGGCGGACCACCCCUACAUCAAGAGGGUGACUCCACAACGCAAAGUGUUCCGCUCCCUCAAAUAUGUCCCCUCACCUGAACCCACUGCUCCCUGUAACGGCACAGAGACGGAGAGAUGGCAGUCGUGGCAGUCGUCGCGUCCAUUCAGAAGAAACAGUCUGUCUCUGGGCUUUUGGCACGCCACCGGGCGCCACUCGAGCCGCCGUCUUCUACGUGCCAUCCCUCGUCAUGUGGCACAGAUCCUGCAGGCUGAUGUGUUGUGGCAGAUGGGCCACACAGGAUCUGGUGUGAAAGUGGCCGUCUUUGAUACAGGCCUCAGCGAAAAACACCCUCAUUUUAAAAACGUAAAAGAGAGGACCAACUGGACAAAUGAAAAAACACUAGACGAUGGCCUCGGUCAUGGUACAUUUGUCGCUGGUGUAAUCGCAAGUAUGAGAGAAUGUCAAGGUUUUGCUCCUGAUGCAGAACUGCAUAUUUUCAAAGUGUUCACAAAUAACCAGGUUUCCUACACCUCUUGGUUCCUCGAUGCUUUCAACUAUGCCAUAUUAAAGAAGAUUGAUGUUCUGAACCUUAGCAUUGGUGGCCCAGACUUCAUGGAUCAUCCAUUUGUAGAUAAGGUGUGGGAACUGACGGCUAAUAAAGUGAUCAUGGUAUCUGCUAUUGGCAAUGAUGGACCUUUAUACGGGACUCUGAAUAACCCUGCAGAUCAGAUGGACGUCAUCGGUGUCGGUGGAAUAGACUUUGAGGACAAUAUUGCCCGGUUCUCCUCCAGGGGCAUGACAACCUGGGAGCUGCCAGGAGGCUAUGGCCGUGUGAAGCCUGAUAUUGUGACUUAUGGCUCUGGGGUGCGAGGGUCUGGGAUGAAGGAAGGCUGCCGCUCGCUGUCCGGCACCAGCGUGGCCUCUCCAGUGGUGGCUGGGGCCGUCACACUCUUGGCCAGCACUGUGCUGAACCGGGAGCUGGUGAACCCGGCCUCCAUGAAGCAGGCUCUGAUCGCUUCUGCCCGCAGACUGCCAGGGGUCAACAUGUUCGAACAGGGCCACGGGAAACUCGACCUGAUUCGGGCUUACCAGAUCCUCAACAGCUACAGGCCCCAGGCCAGCUUGUCUCCCAGCUACAUUGAUCUAACAGAGUGUCCAUACAUGUGGCCUUACUGCUCUCAGCCCAUCUAUUACGGAGGAAUGCCCACUAUUGUAAAUGUGACCAUUCUGAACGGAAUGGGCGUCACAGGCAGGAUUGUGGACAAGCCGAUCUGGCAGCCUUAUCUACCCCAGAAUGGAGACCACAUAGAUGUGGCCCUUUCAUACUCUCCAGUGCUGUGGCCGUGGGUGGGCUACUUGGCGGUUUCCAUUUCUGUUGCAAAGAAAGCGGCGUCAUGGGAAGGAAUCGCUCAAGGUCAUGUGAUGGUCACAGUUACCUCACCCGCAGAGAACAAUUCAGAGGUGGAUGGAGAGUUGACCUCCACUGUCAAACUGCCCAUCAAAGUGAAAAUUGUGGCCACACCUCCUCGCAGUAAGAGAGUUCUCUGGGACCAGUACCACAAUCUGCGCUACCCACCUGGCUACUUUCCCAGAGACAACCUCCGCAUGAAGAACGACCCGUUAGAUUGGAAUGGGGAUCAUAUUCACACAAACUUUAGGGACAUGUACCAGCACUUAAGGAGCAUGGGGUACUUUGUUGAAGUGCUGGGAGCCCCAAUCACAUGUUUUGAUGCCAGUCAGUAUGGCACGUUGCUAAUGGUGGACAGUGAGGAGGAGUACUUUCCAGAGGAGAUUACAAAGCUGAGGAGGGACAUAGAUAAUGGCCUAUCGCUCAUUGUCUUCAGUGAUUGGUACAACACGUCUGUCAUGAGAAGGGUCAAGUUUUAUGACGAAAACACAAGGCAAUGGUGGAUGCCAGACACAGGGGGCGCCAAUGUACCGGCUCUGAACGAGCUGAUCUCUGUGUGGGGAAUGGCUUUUAGUGAUGGGCUGUAUGAGGGAGACUUUACUCUAUCUGACCAUGACAUGUACUAUGCCUCUGGGUGUAGUAUCGCUCGCUUCCCAGAAGAUGGGAUUGUGAUUGCUAAGAAUUUAAAAGAUCAAGGACUGGAAGUGCUCCAGCAGGAGACUGCAGUAGUAGAAGCUGUGCCCAUUCUAGGACUGUACCAAACCCCAUCUGAAGGGGGAGGACGUAUUGCACUCUACGGAGAUUCCAACUGUAUUGACGACAGCCAUCGGCAGAAAGACUGCUUCUGGUUGCUGGAUGCUCUCCUGCAGUAUACCUCUUACAGCAUGACUCCUCCAAGUCUGAGCCACUCCCACAGCAGAGUAGCGCCACCGACAGGCUUAGAGCGGCCACUGCCACAGAGACUGGAAGGAAACCAUCUUUACCGGUACUCUAAGGUUUUAGAGGCACACCUGGGUGACCCGAAGCCCCGCCCCCUCCCAGCCUGUCCGCACCUGUCGUGGGCCAAGCCUCAGCCGCUAAAUGAGACCGCACCGAGUAACCUAUGGAAACACCAGAAGCUUUUGUCAGUGGAUCUGGACAAAGUGGCUUUACCCAAUGUGAGGCCAUACAAACCCCAGGUUAGGCCCCUGUCUCCUGGGGAGAGUGGUGCCUGGGACAUCCCUGGAGGAAUAAUGCCUGGGCGCUAUAACCAGGAGGUCAGCCAGACCAUUCCAGUUUUUGCCUUUCUUGGAGCUAUGGUGGUUUUGUCUUUUUUUGUGGUUCAGCUGACCAAGGCCAAGAGUCGGCCUAAACGCAGGAAGCAGCGGGUGAAGCGGCCCACAUACCUGCAGCAGACAGCCACCGGGAAGAACCCCACGCCACACCCUGCCCCUGCGCACUCCCACCAUGCUCCCACCCUGCAACAGCCCAGACUGAGACCCGGAGAGAGGGCUGCUCUGCUCCUGUCCGGACACAGAGAGCACAGGGACCACAGAGAGCACAGGGACCACAGAGAACAGAGGGACCACAGAGAGCAGAGGGACCACAGAGAACACAGGGACCACAGAGAGCAGAGGGACCACAGAGAACACAGGGGCCACAGAGAGCAGAGGGGCCACAGAGAGCAGAGGGACCCUGAGAGCUCAUGA